CUGGCUGUAGUCCCCUGUCUUCAGACGGUGCUCGCUGCACCGAUACACUGACGCUCGGGCUCUGAUCCCCGGACACUCGCUCCUCUCCUGCCUGCCGCGCUCCCCCCUCCAACCCGCAGCCUCCAGGCUUCCUGUUAGUGGUCGUCUGUCAUCAGAUUUCUCUAAGAAUCAGAAGAUUGGAAGAGGAGGAAACACUAGUGCGGCGCUGGGGAAGUUCAGGCUAUGCCGUCACUCAAAGAACAAGAACAACCCGACCGUUAGCAGAACAGAACGUGGAGCACUUUGUAUCAGGAUGUAGUUCUUUCUGACUCCCUUCAUGUAACAUCGCUGCCGGCUGUUGUGACUGCCUGCGUCUAACUGAGGGAUCAAUGGAGCAGGCUGAUAAGGAUCUGAACCUCUCCUUUCUGCUGGAACAUGAAAGAGACAUGAUCCUGAAGGUGCUGCAGAAAGACGAGAAACUGAGGAAACGAGAGGAGAAGAGGAUACGGAAGCUGAAGAAUGAGCUGCUGGAGAUCAGACGGAAGGGAACCCGUCGGCCCCAGGAUCUGGGGGAGCGACAGUGCGCCCGCUGCCUGAAGACGCUGGGCCUGAUUUUCGACCGCGGGGAGCUCUGCGAGGAGUGUCAGCUGCGGGUGUGCAACAACUGUCGGGUUACGAUCCACCAGGAACGCCAGUGGAGGUGCAACGUGUGUGCCAAGAUCACGGAGCUGAAGGUGGUGACAGGCGAGUGGUUCCUGGAGGAACGGUCCAAGCGCUUUGAGCAGGUAGCGCCGGGCACCGACGUGAUCAAGCAGACGAUCCUGAGCAGCCCCAUCACUAAAGAUGAAAAGCCUCCAGAGAACAUACCGGCCCCUUCGGAGUCUGAGCGAUCCAGCACGCCAAGAUCCAAGAGGAGUGCGAUACGCAGCGCUAUGGACGGUGUCAGGAGAAAAGAAAGGAUGAAUAAAAAAGGCAACCGACUCACCUUGAAGCCACACAACGGAGUGGACAGUGCCAGCGUCAGAUCUGGUUCGGACGGAGACGUUCAGAGUGUGCGAAGUGCUCGCUCUGCUCCGAGUCCACGUUCAAACAGGGGCGGGGUUGUUGCCGUGGAGUCCUCAGGGAUGCCCACAGUCCUUAACAACAUGCGAUCCCAAACUCCGGACACAUUGUCCACUGCCAGCGACAACCGGAGGGUCAGGCCUGACGGAGCGGAGAGCGUUGCCAGUUUACACUCCAGCGACAGUGCGCCCGAGAAGAGAGGUGUCGGCCAUCACAGGACGAACUCUGGCACCCCGACUAUUUCUGUGUCCAAGGCCUCAGUCUCCUCAGAUCACAGUCGCUCAGAGAUGGACCUAUCAGUUCCCGGCUCUGAACCCACCAGUGACGAGGCCCUCAGCCUCAGAAGCCGCUCUGUCCCCGGGCUCAACGAAAAAGUAAACAGCGACUUUUCCGAUGAGGAUGCGGAGGAAGACAUCGAUGUCCUGAUGUCGGCCCACAGCCAGACGGCCCGGCGACGCCUCAGCAACGCAGUGUCAACGAGUAGUAUAAACAGCAUGAUGAGCAUGUACAGCGAGACUGGUGACUAUGGCAACGCCAGGGUGAGCGGCGAGAUCCUGUUGAACAUCAGCUACAGCUACAAGACCGGGGCGCUCAACAUCCUGGUUAAAGAGUGUCACAAUCUGGCCACGGGAGACGAGAGGAAGCAGCGCACGGACGCAUAUGUGAAGACUUACCUGCUGCCAGACAUGUCGCGGCAGAGCAAGAGGAAGACGAGCAUCAAGGCCAACAACAUUAACCCUGUUUUCAAUGAGAAUCUGAGGUACGUGAUCAGCCACUCGCAGCUGGAGACUCGAACCCUGCAGGCGUCCGUGUGGCACCACGACCGCUUCGGACACAACAGCUUCCUGGGAGAAGUGGAGCUGUCCUUGGACACCUGCGAGUUCGAUUCCCAGAUUGAGGAGUGGUACUCGCUGCAGCCAAAGAUGGAGAGCGGUGUAGACUCUACCAUGCAGUAUAAAGGAGAACUGACAGUCGUGUUGAAGUAUAUACCUGCAGAGAAGAACCUUACGCUGCCUCUGGACCAAGUGCAAGUGAAGAAAGGGUUCCUGAAAGGCAAGAAGAAGAGCAGCUUCACCCUCCCUCAAGGGGGCAUGGUUGAGCUGCUCGUCAAAGGAGCUAAAAAUCUGACGGCUGUGAAGUCUGGAGGAACGUCUGAUCCGUUUGUAAAAGGGUACCUGCUUCCAGACAGCAACAAGUCGACCAAGCACAAGACGGCGGUGGAGCGACGCACAGUGCACCCGCAGUGGAACCACACCUUCACCUACUGCGGCCUGCAGCCAGGGGACCUGGACAACGUCUGCCUGGAGCUCACCGUGUGGGACAAAGAGGCUCUGGCCAGCAACGUCUUCCUGGGAGGAGUCAGGCUGGGAGCCGGCACAGGCAAAAGCUAUGGGAGUGAGGUAGACUGGAUGGACUCCUACGGGGAGGAACAGCGGGUGUGGCAACGCAUGACUGACAACCCAGAGGUCCCUCAGGAGUGCACACUGAUGCUGCGAUCCAGCAUGCGCAAACGUGAGACAUGAGCCGGACCAAAGCCCAGGGGAUGAAGGAUAAAGAAGGAGGGAGAGGAGGAAGAGAAAAAGAAGAAGGUUGGAGUGGUGGAGACUGAUCCCGACUUGUUCUCCACCCUGAGAUGUUCAGAUCCAGAACAGCCAGUCAUGCCUUACACACUCAGCAUCUAGUCUUGACCAAACACUGCUGUUCACCGCUGAAUAUAAAAACAGAAACCUGUAUGUAACUUACUAUAGCUACAGAAUAAGCACACAGUGUGGCUCCUGAUGCGUCCGUCCUCGUCUCUGUGAUUCAUUUACUAGAGUCAUUUCCUCGUGUAGUAACGGCUGAGUUAGACCACAGUCGACAACGCACCAACCAUUAAUGUAGAAACGUAGACGUUCCCUUUACAACGAAGCUCCAUCCUGGUCUGAAGCACACAAUGGUGCCUCAUUAACAGCUGUGUUCAGGGGUGGAAAGUGACUGGUGUUAGUGCGACUGCGCCAUCCCACUCCAAUUAAUUAUAACUGAAGCAGGGUGAUGAGGGGCUGAGAACACUUGAAGACUCCUCAGAGUACGUACACACUGUGUGGUCACGGCCAUGCUUCUGUUUCAGAUGUACGAGGGAUCCAAAUAGAGAAACCCCCCAUAAGCCUUUAUUUUGCAGAGGGUAGCACGGUAGCCUGGUUCCUGGUUUGAGUCCCCUGUUGUGUGGGGUUUUCUCCCAGAGUCCAUGUUAAUUGAUGAUUGAAGAAUCUAAAGCUUAUGUUGGCCUUGCGUUACACUGACGACCUGUCCAGGGUGUGUACCCUCCCCCCGACCCUCACAGGAUAAGUGUUCCAGAUUCUAUUCAAUUUAAUUCAGUUUUAUUUGUAUAGCCCCAAAUCAUAAGAAGGCACUUUGCAUUGUAAGGUCGAGACCAUACAAAUACACAGGUAAUGGAUGGAAGUAGAAAUACUUCACCCAAAUACGUUUAAGUUUACUCAAACUCCGCCAACGAGUCAGUAAUGCCUUCUGGUCGAAAUAUUCAUAAUUUUUAAUUCGUAAUAUUAUAAAUUGUUGACAUUUGUGUUCAGUUUUCUCAUAUUUCACUUGUAUGAGAAAAUAUUUCAAAAAGAUUGCAAGGUCAUAAUGACCUUUGACCCACAAAUCAUACAAAUGCUCACAUGUUACAUGCGUCGCUCUGUGGCUCAGGCUGUUCAGAGAGUCAUUGUCCCCAGAGGAUGAAUCUGUGUGAGAUGAUCAGCCAAAGUUUUCCCUUCAUCCAGGAAAUUUCUCAACAUUUUACAACACAACGAACUUGGUGGCAAUCAGUCCAAUUGAGGGUUAAUCACUUGUUGUUUUGGUGAUUUAUGAAUUUCACCGCAGCGACACCAUGAGGUCAAAUCUUGCCAAAUUCGAAAAUCCUUUUUCAUGAUACUGAACAUUAUACCGUGAUUGUGACCAAGUCAAGUAACAGGAGUACUCCCGCUCAGUUCGUUUCCACCCCUGACUGUCUGGUAAAACAUAAUCUGUGGCACAAAGUCUGGAUGGAUCCAUGAUGUAGACUAGAUUCAAUGUAAAUGAACAUGACACUGUAUCAGUGUGAUAAUAGAUAUGCAUGGUACUGUAUUAGACAAGAACAAAAGGAGGUUAUUAAAAGCACUGAUAAUGACAUUGAUUUACACUCAGAAGAGGACGUGUGAUUUGCGGUGGGUUCCCAGGAACCCUAGGGCCGCCGCUGUGUGAUAGAGUGAGUCAGCACUGAGCAACGCUGCGUUCGUCUCAGGGGGAGCCCGAUAACGUGGCAGUGGCGGUCACCUCGUCCCUGUCACCCACGGCUUCGCGGCUCCGCGGCCCACCAUCCUGUGACGAAUCACGCAGUUCACCAAAAGAUGAAUUAAAAAGGUUCCUCCAGUUUAAAACCCUGCUCAUCCAUUUUUCAUGUCGGUUUGCCAGUUUCCCAACGCCCGUCCUUGGCAAAACCGAACUCGCAGAGCAAAAUAGUUUCACACUCCACACUUAAAGUAAUAACUCAUGGUGUUCACUGUACAAUGUAUUUUAGAUGAGAGGCUCGUGCAAUACCCGUUUAAUUGAAGAAGCUCUUGAUGUACAUCAUGUGGUGUCUCUGUUCCAAACAUCAGAUUCACUCCAUUCAAGCCUUUUUGUCCAAAAUAUGUUACGGGAAUAUUUUCAAAUAAACACAUCUUUCCAUA